AUUUUCUAUAGCGGCUUCUCCAAAACGGAUAAAAUUUCCCCAAAGUUUGGAGACUAGGUAACUCCAUGUUUCCGACUCACCCUGACUAUCCUUACUAUCGUCUUGAAUAUAUAACAGGUAAUAGUCAACAGGAUGAAGAACAACAGAAUCCUAGAUUUUGACUUUUACCCUACCUCAUGAGUUACUGAAAUCAAGGUCAUAUCUGCGUGAAUGUCCAACAUGGUCACAGUACAUUUUCCACUUGUAAGAUAGCAUCUAGAAACAAUCUAUCUUCAGUGGAUUAAUAAGAGUGUCAAAUUAUGUGCAGUAACUUGCUGUGUCGAUUUUACUCAAAAAACUAUUUUUUAAAACUAGAUAUCCAAUUAUUACCUCUGCAGUGCCCCUUCCAGCUAUAUAGGUUAGUAAAGCCAAUUGGCUCGCCUGGGAACACUUACUGAUGACACGGCACAACUACCGGGGCCCAAUAUUUGUUCUCGUCGUUUUGCUUCCCUUCCUGUGAUUUUCCAUCACUAAUGGACCAUAUAGCAAUGACUACUUAUUCCUUCCUAUAUAGAUAACCCAGCAAACUGAACUUCUAACAAAACUACAUUAUCCGUCAUCUGUUUUUUGAUUACAAAACAAAUUUCUGUGUGUAUAACCAGUCAACAUAAUAGGAAUUAUACCUGUAGCGCUAAAAGCAAUUUCCAAUGUGUAUUCCUCAUUACUUGAUUGUCGGUGGUGGUUUGUCCGGUUUAGUUACUUCUUACCUCAUCUCGUUAACCCGACCAUUGGGGAGUUACCGUCUAACAGUUUUGGAGAGUAGCAGUAGGUGGGGUGGUUGGAUUCAAUCAGUUAAAAAUAUGGAUACUGGAUCAAUCUAUGAAAUUGGUCCACAUAGCGCUCGUGCAAAAUCUGCCACAUCAGGUCUUUUGAUGAGAAUAGUGAAAAGUUUGCAUCUCGAAAACUCACUUGUAUGGAUGAGGCAGGGUACAGAUGAAGCGAAACGAUUAAUCUAUAUAAAUGGCCAACUGUUGCCACUGUCUGCGUUCAAUUUUUCCACUUUAAAACCAUUCACUAGGUCCAACUGUAGUUUAAUAAUCAGGCGGUUAUUUUCUCGACGCCCACCAUCUCAAUCAGACUGGACUGUUGACGAAUUCCUUCGCUCUCGUUUUGAUUCCGAAUUCGCUGACUACUUUGGCAGUGCUCUGAUGAGAGGUAUCUUUGCUGGUGAUUCACGAAACCUUAGUGCUCGUGCUUGUUUGCCUAUGAUGGUGAAGUCGGAAGAAUAUGGACCGAAUCUUAUUCUCGGGAUUUUACUUUCAUCGAUAAACCGAUCUUUAGAUCGUAUCGUUAUACCAAAUAUGAUUGACGACAAACUCCCGCAACUGAAUAAUUUGAUUCCAUCUGAUGCGAUUGCCUGGACUUUAUCAGGUGGAUUGGAGACACUGAUUAACGCUAUUGUAGAUCAUUUAAAUAAGAAACAUCCACACAUCGAUUUGAAGUUAAACUCUUCCGUUGAAAAAUUAAAAUCUCUAAAUGGCUGCUUUGAGUAUACAUACAAGGUCAUCGGUGAUAAUGGUAACGACAAAGAAAAAAAUACAGCCGAUAUAGUCUUUUUUUGCUGCCCAUCCUUCAUUACAGCAAGCAUUUUGGAAAACAUACUGACUACUGAAACUCUAAGCUAUCUGAAACCCAACUCUAUUCCAUGGGGAAGUAUUGUCAGCGCUGUCUUAGAAAUAGAUGACUCCUUUACUCCCUUAGUACGCGGGUUUGGGCACUUAGUACCGCGUACGGAAGAUGAACAUAUUUUGGGUGUAAUAUACGAUUCCUUUGCGUUCCCGAAAUUGGAUGGAUUUAAUAAAAAUUUACGAUAUACAGUAAUGAUGAAACCAUUUCGUGAAUGGCUCGAAGCCUCCACAAGUUUAGGUUCCUCGGAACAUCUGAAAAACACCAUUGAAGAAGUUGCGAAAACCGUCCUUAUAAACCAUCUUAAAAUACCGGCUCCGGUCAUUGUUGGUCGUCAUAUUAGUAUUCUCCGUAACUGUAUUCCCCAGUAUCCUCCAGGUCAUUUAACUAAUAUGGCUAAUUUGCGCAACGGCAUUCGGCGAAUUUCGAAUGGCCAUAGUUCUGGCCGAAGUGGUAUAUAUCUUGUUGGUAAUUCGUACGAUGGCGUUGGGUUGAAUCAUGUUGUCUAUAGCGCUGCAUGUGCAGUCGCAGAAGAGUUCAGUUCAUCUUCAUGAAACUAGUUUUUUAAAACCACUGUUCAAAAACCAACUUAUGUACAAUACUCUGCUUAUUAAUAACACUAACGUAUGAAGACGUCUGCUAGAAGAUUAUGGAUGUAAAAUAAACCAUAUACAAAAAAAAGAACCUGUUUCCGGUUUUUAUAUUAAAGUUACUACAUGUUCAUUCUUUUCUUCAGCACAUAACAGGAUCUUGCAAAUUUGUAGUUUAUCAUUAGAAUGCUUAUCAUAUUGUGCAAAUAUAUCUCCACUAAGUGUUUUUUAUUUUU